CAGAGGGGACCUAUUCUUGCCUCCAGUUUACUUUAUUACUACUCACAUCUGCUUUUUGUGAUGGCUGCCGGCACUGCCACGUCCACUCUUCUGCCUCCAGUGAAGAGAGUGGUGGUCUACAAGAAUGGAGACCCCUUCUACUGCGGCCGGAGGUUUGUGGUGAACCAGAGGCAGGUGUCCACCAUGGAGGCUUUCCUCACCGAAGUGACCCAGAGCAUCGGGGCUUCUCUGGCUGUGAGGAACCUGUACACCCCCAGGCAGGGCCAUCGCGUCACCGACCUGCAGGAGCUCAGGACGGGAGCGCAGUAUGUGGCAGCGGGCUUUGAAAGGUUUAAGAAGCUAGAUUAUGUGAAUGCUGGAAUGAAGAAACAACCAACCACCCGUGAAGAAACCCAGAUUAAAGUCAUACAAAAUCCAAAUGUCUCAGCCAAAUGGAGGAAGUUCAUUCCAAUACCCUGCAUUAUUCAUGUCUUCCGCAAUGGAGAUCUCCUGUGUCCACCAUUUCGGUUCAUCAUUCCUCGUAACAUGCAGCAGGACUUGGAGCAGAUUCUGAGUUUAGUCACAGACAAAGUUAGCCUACGGACUGGCGCUGUACGCAGGUUGUGCUCUCUUGAAGGAGUCCCCUUGUCCUCAGCCUCUGAACUGAAGACAGGCCACUCAUAUGUCGCUGUGGGAACAGAGAGGUUCAAGAAACUUCCAUAUGAGGAGCUGUUGGUCUCAAAGGCUGCAGAGAGGAGGCAUUACCCCGGGAAGAGGAGGAUGCUCCGGAGGAAUGAGAACAGAAAGGAAGUAAAUGGGACAGAAGACCGAUACAGUGACUCUGCUCUGCUUAACUCACCAGAGUCUGAUGGCCGAAGAGUGAAGUCAACUGGGGACGACGCCACGCCCCCACAGGCCUCACAGCAAAGAUACAGAGGAGUGAACCCAGAACAUCCAUCAGCAUUCUUCUCCAGACAAGUGAAGGUGCGCAAAAACAGAGGACAUCCACUCACCAAUGGAGCAGCUCAGCACAGCGUGUUUAAACGAGCAGGGAGGAAGAGGAGAGAGGAGGUGCGAGGAGCAGAGGAAGUAGCAGAAGAUGAGAAUACAGCUACUGAGAUUCCCAUUGACCAGAGAGUGGCAGAAACGGUGGAGGUCGAGGAACUAAUUUUCACAGAACCUCUAGACCGAAAUCAGGGAGUGUCAUCUAGAGCAGAUGAUAACCAGGAGACUUUUGAACAAAAUGAGAACAAAAUCAGAAUUUCAACAAAACAUGAAGAAACACAGGUGCACAUAAAUCUACUUGUGCUUUAA